AGAAGUGGGUGAGAGAGCUGUUGAAACUGUCUCAGGACACAUAAAGUUUGCGUUGGUGGUUUGAAGAACUUUUCAGUUAAUUCCUUUUCAGAGAUAGUUUUCUUUUUUUUCUUGUUUCUUUCUUGCUUUUUUGUUUGAUCUUUUUUUCUGAACUCUGGGGUCCUUUAGAGCACGGUUCGAAUGUGGAAUGGCUGAACUGGUCCGAAUCCGCAAGAAAAAACUGCAGAUACCCAUCUCUAGGCUCAGGAGUAUGCUGAAGCAGCUGGAGGAGAAGGAUGUCGAUUUUGAAGAAAUCAAAAACAAUCUGGAUUUCACGGCGUCAUUACUGGAGGCAGUGUACCUUGAUGGAUCAAGGCAGUGUCUGGAGACUGAAGAUGAUCUUCAGCAGCUACAGUCAGAUGGAGUGCCAUCGGAGGUCACUGACUGGCUGGCGACCACCUUCACGCAGAGGGUUCGACGACCGUUGCGUCGCUCCGAUGAGAAGCCCAAGUUUCGCAGCAUUGUGCACGCAGUGCAAGCUGGGAUAUUUGUGGAGAGGAUGUUCAAGAGGGCCUACACAGUGACCAUGCCAGACCAACCUGCGGCAGUCGUAAACUGCCUGAGGGAUGUUGACCGUUGGAGCUUUGACGUGUUUGCUCUGAACUCAGCAAGCUCUGAUCAUGCACUACAAACUCUGGUCUUUGAGCUGAUCACCAGAUAUGAACUGAACCGCCGUUUUAAGAUCCCCAUCUCAUGCCUGACAGAAUUCCUGUCUGCUCUGGAGAAAGGGUACUGCAAACACAACAACCCCUAUCACAACCAUGUUCACGCUGCUGAUGUUACACAGACACUGCACUGCCUGCUGCUGCGCUCGGGACUCGUGCACUGGCUGACAGAGCUUGAGGUGAUGGCGUCACUAUUUGCUGCAGCCAUUCACGACUAUGAACAUACGGGAACUACAAAUAACUUUCACAUCCAUACAAAGUCAGAGUUUGCGUUGAUCUACAACGAUCGGUCUGUACAAGAAAGUCAUCACUUGAGUGCAGCAUUUCACUUGCUACAGGACGACCAAGUGAACAUCUUCAUUAAUUUGACACGAGAGGAAUGGAUGGAGCUGCGAUCGCUUGUUAUAGAGAUGGUUUUGUCCACUGACAUGUCCUCCCACCUACUCCAAGUUAAAGCAAUGAAAUCCUGUCUACAGCAACAGGAGAGGAUUGAUAAGCCCAAAGCUCUGUCUCUGUUACUGCACACGGCUGACAUAAGCCAUCCAUCCAAGCCCUGGGCACUGCACUCUCGCUGGACAAAAGCCCUGAUGGAGGAGUUUUUCAGGCAGGGUGAUAGAGAGGCGGAGCUUGGCCUCCCCUUCUCUCCGCUGUGUGAUCGACAAAGCACCCUCGUAGCUGAGUCUCAGAUCGGUUUCAUAGACUUCAUUGUGUAUCCAACGUUCUCGCUGCUGACAGACAUGGCAGAAAAGAUAGUUAUUCCUUUAGUGGAGGAGAACCCAGUUCAACCCGACCCCUGCAACAGACACAGUAACCUCUGGAAAGAGAGCUCAAGAGGUCUGCAGUGGAGUCUGGCACACGUCACCGCUGAGCUGGUGAGCUUUCGCUCAACCUGGACACGGCACACUGAGGACAACAAGUUCAAAUGGAAAGAGAACGGAUCUAAUGGGGUUUCAGACUCCAGUGUUACAAAAGAACACAGACCAGAACAAGAGGAUCUGUCAGAAAAGUCUCUGCAAGACCCCACUGCACAUACUAAAAAGUAGACAGGACUUCUUUUGUUCUACGAAUUUGCUUAAAGGAAUAUCUUCAAAUGUUAAAUAGGGUCAACAGUGAUUCACUUUUUAUUAAAAAAAGAAGGGGAAAAAAAGAAGGAACUUAAUGUUUUAAUGACUGUGGGACUGAGGAGGAGACUAGGGUUUACUUUAGGUCAAGAUCAUCUUCCAAAGGUAAGAUGCAGAGUAGUUCCAUGAAGAGUCGCACACCACAGUCAUUUUGGUGGAAAGUGUACAUGCUGGUCAUGUUAUAUGUUGUGUAGUACAUGCUAUGGAUUUACGUUGCCACUGAAACACAAUAAAAGGAAUUUCUUUUUUCUGAUAUUUCUGAUUGUAGUUUUACGUGCACACCAAUCAUUUAACUCUCCAUUAAAUGUUAAAAACGAUAUUAAUUGGAUUUUUGUGAUUUAUGUUUUUGUUAAAGGUAGGGAGUUCAUCAGGAAAGAGGAAAGGUGUAAAGCUCUUUUUCUGUAAUUUAAUCUACAAUCAAACAAGGACCACAAGUCAGAGCAUAUUAAUUCCACAAAUCUUUAACAACUGUCACAAAAACCUUAUAUAUGUUGUGAACACUGUGAACACUGUCAUAAAACCUGUUAUUUAAACAUUUUUGUUUUGAAUUGUGUUACUAUAAAUCUUCCUCUGA